AGGGGGUAGUGUAAUCACGCCACCCUGGUUUGUUUUGGUUAGUAGUUAGCAGUUAGCCACGUGCUCCGGGAUAAGUGGACUGAUCUACUGUCACUGCGGACUGAUCCGUGUGUGCAGUUCCACUUUGAGCCUUCACACGUGUUAGCCGAGUGUUAGCACCAGCACAGGAACAGAUGAUCAUGAGGAAGAAACCCAACAUACUCCUGACGGGUACUCCAGGAGUAGGGAAGACCACCCUGGGGAAGGAGCUGGCUCAGAGGACAGGCCUAACAUAUGUUAACAUUGGCGAGCUGGCACAAGAAGGACAGCUGUACGAUGGGUUUGAUGAGGAGUACAACUGCCCGAUUCUGGAUGAAGACAAGGUGGUCGAUGAACUGGAGGACAAGAUGGCAGAAGGCGGUGUCAUUGUGGACUAUCACGGCUGUGACCUGUUCCCUGAGCGCUGGUUUCACAUUGUGUUUGUCCUGCGAACAGACAACACCAAACUGUACACACGUCUGGAGACCAGGGGCUACAGUGGCAAGAAGCUGCAGGACAAUGUGCAGUGUGAGAUCUUCCAGACCAUCUUAGAAGAGGCUCUGGAGGCCUACCAGGAGGAAAUUGUGCACCAGCUGCCCAGUAACACACCUGAAGACCUGGAGCAGAACAUGGAGCAGAUAGUGCAGUGGACCGAGCAGUGGAUCAAGGACCACAACUAGAACCUCCAAACAGAGACUGAGCUGUCAUACUUUUCUGUUUAUCAUAUCGUUAAAAUACUGUGUUAUCAGAAUGUUCAAAAUUCCAGAAAGGAGGCUAUUGGAGGCAAAAUGAAGUAGAUAUAAUACAUUUUAAAUUAUCAGAUUAAAAUUGUAAUGGUAACAGAAACAACAAGUUUUGAAUUAGAAGGGUUGAAAUGUUAGUUAGUUAGUAUAAUUGGUGAUAAAAUAUGCAAUACAUCUGUACAUAAAAUAAUGAUCCUGAUUACUAAGUACGGAUUCUGAUUCUUUCUUUAGAUAAUAGAGUCUGAUUUUUAAAUCAUAGUACUUUCUUUUAUAUUACCAUAUGGCCUUAUAUCUGUGUAAUCCCUCAGUUGUCUAGAUAGGUUCCAUAGUGGUCCAUGGGCGUAUACUAGUCUAUGUGGUCUUAGAUUUGUUCUAGUACAGCUCAAGAUCAUUGUAAAGCUUUAGGUUCAUUUCUAUCCUGUGAAUGUGACUUUUUAGUUAUCAGUACCUGUUCAAAUGAGUAUGAAUUUAGUAUCGACUAGUAUCUGAUUUUCGAUACUUUUGACGACCCUGUUCCUCACAGUGGGCUCCAUUCUGGAAUUUAGAAUGUUUUUGUUUACAAACUUGUCUCUAUAAAAUUGUUUGUAUGAUGACAAGUUGAUGUGAGUGAAUACAUAACUUCCAGUGCAGAGGACUCUUGUGUUGUCUUGUGUCAACAGCACAAAUGUACCCUGUGAAAGAAGAGAUACAAAGCAACAUGGUUGCUGAGCUUGUAGACAAAUCCAACAAAUGUUUUGCCUUGUAUUGUAUGUGUGCGUAUGGUGUAAGGAUUCUCUGUGUCUUUGUAUUAUAGGAUGAAAUGGAACUGUGCUUCUUCUUCAAAAUAUAAACCUGUGGUGGGACUGGGCUACAAUAGUUGACUAUAAAGACACUU